AUGUGCUCAACACCGGGCCUGGACACAUCUGCCGAUAUAAACAUCGAGUUCAGGUCCGAGAUAUGGCCUGCCUGCACCGAGUUUUCCAAGUUGUGGGCAGUCGAUUCCUCAUCCGCAUCCAAGGAGCCUGCCGUUAUCGUCGGUGGUGAACUUAAGAGCCCAAAUAGCGCGUUUAAGAUAGAAAAAGCUGCAGAAGCACACACUUACAAGUUGACCACCUCAUACGGAACCGUUGGAACAACCCCAGGGCCUUGGUUUGGUGCACCAAAGCUACUUGUCACCAAUGAUGGGGAUAAGACCUUAUUCGUCAAGUUUGUGAGGUUGAUAAUGAUGCUACUACUUCUACUUCUCGUGUUGAGAAGUUAG